AUGGCUCUCCUCAUCUUGCUGUUUCUGCUGCCAAGCCUCUUACACGCCCAGUCCACUUGUGAUGUCUCCAGUGUGACCAGCCUGCUGGAUGUCAACUGUGAGAACAAGCAGCUCACAGUGGUGCCUGCAGACUUGCCAGAAGACACAGGCAUCCUCUACCUGGGCAAGAACCAGCUCGGUGCCUUCGCCACAGCAUCUGUGGGAAAUCUCACUCACCUCACUCACCUGUACCUGGAUCGAUGUGAGCUGACGAGCCUGCAGACCCACGGGAAACUGCUGAAGCUGGAGACCCUGGACUUGUCGUACAAUAAGCUGCAAAGUCUGCCCUCCCUGGGGGAAGCACUGCCUGCACUCACUUUCCUUGACGUUUCCUUCAACCAGCUGAGCUCACUGCCUCCUGGAGCCCUGGAAGGCCUGAGCAACCUCACUGAGCUCUACCUGCAGAACAACCACCUGAGCGCCCUGCCCCCGGGGCUCCUGGAGUCCACAGCCAAGCUGGAAAAACUCAACCUGGCCAGCAACCGUCUGCUUGAGCUGCCCCAGGGGCUCCUGGCCGGGCUGCUGAGCCUCAACACACUCUACCUCCAGGGGAACAAGCUGAGCACAGUGCCGAAGGGCUUCUUUAGGACCCUCCUCCUGCCGUACGCUUUUCUCCAUGGCAACACUUGGAACUGUGACUGUGAAAUCCUCUACUUCCGCAACUGGCUCCAGGAAAACUCCAACAGUGUCUACCUAUGGAAGGCGGGUGUGGACGUCAAGGCCAUGACCCCUAAUGUGGCCAGUGUACGAUGUUUCAAUUUGGGUCACGCACCUUUGUACACCUACCUAGGCAAGGACUGCCCUACCUAUGUUGGUGACACAGACUAUGACGACUAUGACGAGGCCCCUGAUGCAGUAAGGACAGAAGUCUCUGACGCGCACACUACCCACUGGGCCUCCUCAGCACCGCUCACUUCUCUAGACAGCCAAAUGACUUCGUUGCCUCCAACCCAGGAACCCGCUAAGAAACAAUACUCACUCACCCACACACAGAUUCCAGGUUUCACCACACUCCCAGAGACCUCAGAAAACAAUACAUCCCUCUAUGGUCUAAAACUCAAUACUGCACCCACCACUACCCCAACCAGCCUAGAGCCCAGCACCCCAACCAGCCUAGAGCCCACCUCCACCCCACUAACCCCAGAGCCCAGCACCCCAACCAGCCUAGAGCCCACCUCCACCCCACUAACCCCAGAGCCCAGCACCCCAACCAGCCUAGAGCCCACCUCCACCCCAUUAUCCCCAGAGCCCAGCACCCCAACCAGCCUAGAGCCCACCUCCACCCCAUUAUCCCCAGAGCCCAGCACCCCAACCAGCCUAGAGCCCACCUCCACCCCGCUAACCCUAGAGCCCAGCACCCCAACCAGCCUAGAGCCCACCUCCACCCCAUUAUCCCCAGAGCCCAGCACCCCAACCAGCCUAGAGCCCACCUCCACCCCGCUAACCCUAGAGCCCAGCACCCCAACCAGCCUAGAGCCCACCUCCACCCCAUUAUCCCCAGAGCCCAGCACCCCAGCCAGCUUAGAGCCGACCUCCACCCAGCCAACCCCAGAGCCCAGCACCCCACCAGCACUUACCACCUCCACCCCACUAACCCCAGAGCCCAGCAGCACUACCACAACCACCCAAGAGCCCACCAUCACCCCAACCACUCCAGUGUCCACUACUGUCCUGGCCCCAGUUGAGAUGGCGCCUACCACAGCAAUCCCACAGUCCAACAGCUUCCCACAUUUCCAAGUGAUGGCUCAAGCAAGUACGGAUACUUCAAAAAGCAACCGUUUUCUCAAUGCUGACUUUUGCUGCCUCCUCCCGCUGGGCUUCUAUAUUUUGGGUCUCCUCUGGCUUGCAUUUGCCUCUGUAGUCCUCAUAUUGUUGCUGACCUGGAUUUGGCGUGUGAAACCACACACUCUGGACUUAGGCCAAUGUACUGAGUUGGCCACAAGCCCACAUACCACAAGCCUGGAGGUGCAGAGAGCAAGGCAGGUAACUGUGCCUCGGGCCUGGCUGCUUUUCCUUCAAGGAUCACUCCCCACUUUUCGUUCCAGCCUUUUCCUGUGGGUAAGGCCUAAUAGGCGUGUGGGGCCUCUGGUAGCAGGACGGCGGCCCUCAGCUCUGAGUCAGGGCCAUGGUCAGGACCUCCUGGGCACUGUGGGCAUUAGGUACUCAGGCCACAGUCUGUGAAGGCGAGUGCUUUGGAGAUUCUGAGAAAGACUUCAGUGGACUGUCCUGGGAUGUAGCCAGGGUGGGGGCCGAGGCCGUCACUGG